GCCUCUAAGAGAAAUCUUUGUAAAAAGGAUCUGUAUGCUACAAAAAAAGGCAAAAUUGGAAAGCCUGAUAGUUCAAUCGUUAGAGAGAGUGAUUCUAUUGCUGAGCAAUGGCUCUUCAAGCCUACACUCAGUACUAAUGCUAACCAGAUCGAAGAAAGAACAAACAUAUUUUAUAAUCCUCUAAAGGCGGACCUAGGAUCUGACUAUUCCCUCCCUAUUAUUAUUGAGGGUGUGAUCGUUGAAUCACGAUUGUCUUAG